UUCCGUUCUCCUUCACCCUCCUUUGUUUAUCGCAAAUUUUAAUUUUUAACUGAAAAAUGGCUAAGCGUUUGACGCCAUUGUUGAACAGAGUUUUGGUGGAGAAGAUUGUUCCUCCUGCAAAGACUCACGCCGGCAUUUUACUCCCCGAGACCAGCAACAAGCUUAAUUCUGGAAAAGUUCUUGCUGUUGGACCUGGCCUUCGCGACAAGUCUGUGAAUCAUGUUCCUGUUGCUGUCAAAGAAGGGGAUAAUGUACUCCUGCGUGAAUAUGAAGGAACUACAGUGAAGCAUGGUGAAAAAGAGUUUUCACAACUCCAAGGGAGGGGCCCUUCACCAAAGAGGAGUUGGAUGAAGUUCGAGACAAGUGGGCUACUUACUUCAACGAUUGUGAAUUACCCUCAGUGUAAUAAUUAGAGCAGGCUUGUAGUUAUUCGUGACUCUUACAUUAUUUUGUUAUUUAUCGAUUUAAUUAAUUACAUUUGAAUUAAUUCGGAAAUAUUAUUGGAAAUUUGAAAUUUAUCAUUUUUGAGGUGAAACAGUAUUCUAUAAAUUAUAAUGCAGAAUUUUAUAUUGCGAAAUAUCA